CGAUUUCUUCUUUAAUUCUUACUAAUAUUCAUUCUCAACCAAGUUGCAGAAAGGUGGCAGUGGUGGGCUUUUUUUAAACAGAAAUACGUUAUUGCUAAAUAUCUAUUUGUGCUUCAAAAACUUAUAAUUAUUCAAUAGACAUACUCUCGUAGAAGGACAUGUAAAAUUCAUCUGAUGACCGAAAAGUGAAAAUAAGGAUUUGAAUUCAGCCUUUGGGGAGUUGAAUGACUGAAAAAAUGGAACGCUAAUUAGGAUCGACAGGUCAUCAUUUGUAUUUUCAAAUCAAUUAAAACGUGAAAAAUUCAACGAAAACCUUAUAGAUGCCAGAAUAGAUUCUCAGCCUAUUGAAAAGACCAAAAAAGAGUUAAUUUGUUAGACGUUACCCAAAUACGGAGUUUUUCAACCAAGAAGACACCGAAAACAAUACAUUUCGAAAUAAGACUGCUUAACAAGUGAAAAAUGACUGAUAUAAACAGUUCUUACCAGUAUGCAAUUACGUAAAAUUUCCAGUGCCCCUCAUGUCGCUUUGGAAUCACUCUUCUUUAGCAACGUACGGUUAUCAACUGUGGAAAUAGCCGAGCUUAAACAACAACAACAACGGUGGGGGCAACGAGAACGUUUUUUUAAAAAAAGCAAUUCGCCACUUGCACAUCUCCCAUAAUACACCUUGUUUGCCCCCCACAAUUUUGCAUAACCUUUGUUCUUCAUUUCUCCUGGGUAUUACAGCCAUCCCAAAAGAAAUUGAAAACAAUGCUUAUGCAAAAUUUUGGGGGGCAAAUAAAGGGCGUUUUGGGAGAUGUGCGUGUGGCGAAUGGGUUAGGAUUAGCAACACAACAACUCUGCACAAAAAUUGUCGCUUUCUUUUUCUAAACGUAGAUAACAAUAGAUACGGUCCUAAAGAAAAUUUCGCCAAGAUUUGCCAAAUUAAAUGAAAUUUAAUAAGAUCGGUAAAGUUUGAAAUAGUGCGAAUAGACUUUUAAGUGACUUUAUCAGUUUGUUGUCAUCCAAAAAUUUUGCUACCAUGGCAACGUGACAUACCGACUUCUCCUCUCUAUUGCAGAAUAAGAUAUCUAUGAAAUCAUGAACUCUGGAAAUCACUUGUUUUGGUAUUCAUUUCAUUGCAAUAUUUAAAAAUUUGCUUGAAAUAAAAUAUUUUGUUUAUUUCGUUUAUGUGGUCUAAACUCGGCGGUACAAAAGAUUUGCACAUUCUUAUUCCGGAAUACCAUGCAAACGCACCCUGAUGUAGUGAUGUAAGCUGAGUGAAAUUCGACUUCGAUGAUGCUAAUUGUUUGGCAGCUGGAGCUCAGUUUAGGUAAGAAUCAAAGUAAACUAUGGAACAUCUUUUUUGUUUUCUUUCUCUGGUAGAAACCACAUUUGUACUAGACGGUAAAACAGAGUAAUGCAAAUUUUCGCUUCUGUCCGUGUAUACAAAGGGUCUCACGAUCAAGCUCGCGGAUAAACAAAAGUCUUUGCUACCCACCAGGGUGGCUUAAGAAGGAUUUGAUUAUUUGCCUGUCGAGAAACACGUCUCUUGCAAAUAAAAAAGUUCCAGAAGCGAAAAAGUUCAUUUCACGUUCCGUUGACAAUAAUGAAACGAAAUUAUAUACAGGAUCGGAAUAGAAUAUUUCCUACGAGAUGUUUCAGCUAAAUCGCUUAGCUUUCAUCAGUCGAUGACUCGAAAGAAGGAGGAAAAAGAAAAAACCUAACCAGCAAGACCUGAAAAUUUCAGAGAUAGAUGUUUCAGUUUUUACUCGCUUUAGUACGCCGACCGCUUUUCGAAGGCAAUUUCCACCUUUUAAAGCUGAGGCCACGCCAGGUGUUACUUAUUAUUAAUCAUUUAUUGUUUGCAUGUUUAAAGAUGAUUGACAAUUUAUCGCAAGCUAAAGCUGGCACCGCAGGGACUCUUACAACAGCGAUCCGUGAUUGGUUCAUACGCCUUUGUUUCCGAAAAAAGCUAAAGAUAGAAAGUGUCACAAUACUUCAAUGUUGGGUGUGGAGUGCAUUGAAGGUCACUUCGCUUUGUUCCUAAAGCCAUCAUGGAUCUAACAACGCUAUUUCACAAUCUUCGCGAAGAAGUGACUUGUUCGGUGUGCUCGGACUUAUUUACGGAUCCUAAACAUCUCUCCUGUCUGCACAGUUUCUGCUUAAAGUGUCUGAAUCAAUGGUACGAAACGUGCGGCGGUGGAGAGGCCAUUAAAUGUCCAAAGUGCCAAACCCUAAGCAGAAUACCAGCAAGCGGUGAUCUGAAAGAUCUUCCAACAAGCUUUUAUUUAAACGGUUUGAUCGAUGUUCUGGCUAUUAAAGAAUGCAAAAGCACUCAAGUGACAUGCGGAAACUGCGACAAGAAGAGCUCGGAAGCUUCGUAUUGUUUCCAGUGUUGCAUAUUUUAUUGCGAGCGAUGCCUGGUUGGUCACAAUAUGAUGCGAGACAAAAAGAAACACCGCGUAUUGGCAGUGAAAGAGUUCCAAGACAAGGACUACGAGGAUGUAUUGAAGCGACCAGUAUUUUGUUCAAAGGAACGACACCAGAAAGAAGAGCUUAAAUACUACUGCAAACAAUGCGAAACAGUUCUUUGCCAAACUUGCGUCACUUUGAAUCACGGAGGUCAUGAUUUGAGAUUAAUCGAAGAAGAAGCCGAAAACAAAACACUCGAAAUAAAAUCUAUCCUUCAAUCGCAGAGAGAAGAGUUAGAUGCAAAACUGAACGUAAUUGUUCAACUAGACAAAGACUGUGUUAAAGUGAUUCAACAAAGUGAAAUCGCCAGGAGAGAUGUCCAAAGGUUUGCUGAUGGCUUGAUCAAAACAAUUCAAGCAAAAAUGAAAAAUAUUAUUACCGCUGUAGAAAACCAAACGAAGAAGUCACUUGAAAGUUUAAAAGCAAAAAGAAGUGCGAUUCAGCAACAGAUAAAUGCCACCGAAUCAUCACUGGAGGAAGCUGAUAGGCUUUUAAAACGAAGCACCAAUGCGGAAGUUGUUCAACUCAAAAAAUCACUACAAACAAUUUUUCACGGAUUGAAUCAAACCGAGCCUAUUGUUCAUGACCCCAGUAGUCUGCAAACUUUGGUUUUCGUGGAAAAUCAGAAGACGAUUGACAACGUCAACGGGGAAGAACUUGGUUUCCUGUGCAUGGAAGAAGGUUACCGAAAAAAUCCGAGCGAAUUUUUGGCUGAAGGUAAAGGACUGAAAGAAGGAACUGUUGGGCAUAAAGCUCAAUUUAAUUUGAUCACAAGAAACGCGAAGAGAAAACAGUGGUAUAAUGAACACGACCAUGUAAAGGUAGAGAUCAAGGACGAACAAGAACGAGAAUGCGUGACUCAAGUGAAAAUAGAUAGUAACGAAAAUGGAAUCUACAAAAUCACUUAUUUUCCCAUAGUUCAGGGGACAUUCAAAUUAUUAGUUGAGGUAAACGGGAAACAUAUUUCUUGUAGUCCUUUUACUGUGACUGUAAAACCAUUUCAAGUCAAACCUCUUUUAUCUUUUGGAAAGGAAGGCUCGGGUGAUAGAAUGUUUAAGCAUCCUUUUGGGGUGGCAGUGAGUGACAGGGACGAAAUAGUAGUAGCUGACCAUGUAAACCAUCGGGUUCAAGUGUUUGACAGUAAUUGUACUUUUUUAAGUUCCUUUGGUCACAAAGGUGAAAAUGCUGGAGAGUUAGAUAAUCCUACGGGAAUAGCCAUUGAUAAGGAUAGAAAUAUUUUCAUAUCAGACUGGGGUAACCAUAGAGUACAGAUCUUUAGUUGGGAGGGGAGGCACCUGGGUUCAUUUGGCGGCCAAGGAAGCCUUGAUAGUCAGCUGUCUGGUCCUUGGGGUUUAUCCUUAGAUAGUACUGGUAAUGUUAUUGUUACUGAUACAGGGAACAGACUGAUUAAGAUCUUUACCCCGGAUGGUAGAUUUGUAAUGAAGAUACGUGGGCGGCGUUCUUUUAGUUGGCCUGUUCACUGUGUUCAUUGUGGUGAAUAUUUCAUAGUCUCAGACUCACUUGAACAUUGCAUCAAAGUAUUUAACAGGGAGGGGCAUUUUCAGUACAAGUUUGGUAAGCAGGGGGAGGGGGAUGGGGAGUUUAAUUAUCCAUCUUUUCUGUCAGUGACUCAGUCAAAGCACCUGUUGGUCUGUGAUUGGGAUAAUCAUAGAAUACAAGUCUUUGAACUAGAUGGGAAGUUUGUUGGAAAAUUUGGAACAAAUGGCAGCAAAUUAGGAGAAUUCAAGGAACCAUUCUCGGUAGCUGUUCUAAGUAAUGAUCAAAUUGUUGUGUGCGACAAAAAUAAUCAUCGGUUUCAGAUAUUUCAAUAA